UAUACUAUAGGAAGGGUUGGAACUUAGAGGGAUCAAUAUAGCUAAGGAUAUGGGCCAUAAAUGUUGCAGCAAACAGAAAGUCAAGAGAGGACUAUGGUCCCCUGAAGAAGAUGAAAUGCUAAUCAAUCACAUAAACACCUAUGGCCAUGGUUCAUGGAGCUCUAUCCCAAAACUAGCUGGUUUGCAGAGGUGUGGAAAGAGUUGCAGAUUAAGGUGGAUAAACUAUUUGAGACCAGAUCUCAAGAGGGGUUCAUUUUCUGAGCAAGAAGAGAGAACCAUCAUAGAAGUUCAUAGGAUUUUGGGCAACAAAUGGGCUCAGAUAGCCAAGCAUUUGCCUGGUAGAACAGAUAAUGAAGUCAAGAAUUUCUGGAACUCAUGCAUCAAGAAGAAGCUCAUUGCACAAGGUUUAGAUCCCAACACGCACAAUCUUCUCCCUUCUUCCAAAACUAACCAUAGCACCAACAACAACAACAUUAGUGAAUGCUCAUUUUAUCCAACUCUGCCUAAACCCUCUUAUUUUUUCCCUGUAAAUUCACAUGUCUCAGAUACUUCCAUAGACAUAUUGAAAGCACAUUUUCAAGCAUUAUCUUCUAUUUCCUCCUCUCCUGAUACUAAUCAUAUCAACCCUGACCACUCAUUGCACGGAAGCUCAACCCUAUCAUCAGUCUACGAAUACCGAAACCAUAAUACGGCUUGGACUCUCCAAGAAAAACUUAAUUCAAAUGCUUUCAUGGAGGCCCUGAAUCAACCCUCAGCUGGAGCUAGUGUCCCAACCUCCUCUUGUCACUCAUAUCCACUAUCAGAGCUUGAGAUUGUAAAUGAGAAUUGCAAAUGGGGCACUGGUAACUUUGAACCCUCAAAACCUGAUCAAGAAAUGUUUAUGCAACCGCAGAAGGAGAAGGCUUGUGAAGUGGGAAUCGAAAAGGCAAAUAUGUUGAUUGAUGAGCAGACCAAUAUGGAUGCUUCAUUUGGGAGCUCUAACUCUGACUUUGAUUUUGUGGAGUCUACACAAUUGCCUUAUGGAUUGUAUAAUUACCAUCUGAGCCCAAUGAUGGAUCAACUUCAAUGGAAUGGUUAGCAACUUUAGCACUUUCCUUUUGGGGUUGGGGGCUUUUAACAUUUGGUUUUGCUUUUGUAAUUUUGAGACUCUCCUCUGCAAAUAUUAAUUUCAAAGGAGUGACAUAGUGAUUUUGACACACAUAACAAUUGUCAAAUUU